AUGUCUAUGCUGUCCGACGUAAAUCGCCCGAUCGUGUGCUCUUCACAUCCACCCAAACAAUCAUGCGUUUAUAUUUCCGUGUAUGCCGUACCAAGUGCUUAUGCCGCGAUGCUGCUGUCUAUUUGGGACAGUUUGUUGUCUCUUCGCCCUGUUCUACACACAGAUAUGCCUCCCAACUGCAAUGACCGACGGAGAUACGCUUUUCAGCAUCAGCGCUAUGCGAUUGUGGAUUGUUGAAGGCUCAAGAUGUAAAUUAUCGAGUCGAGAAGGUUGCUUCGGAUCUUCACUGAU